GAGAUUGACCUUGCACUUCGAUCCGCGAUCAUGUCGGCGUUGUCGAUUAUCAUCCCGAUUAUUUCGAUAUUUCUCACUCCUUUCGCUCUUAUAGUGUUGGGAACAAUAAUUCUAGCAUCUUUAGGGAAAUCUCUAGGCAUUCGACAGAGAUAUGUUAAAAUCCUUUUGAAGAUAUUCGAGUGGGGGCAGAGGAGAAUUCGUCGUUAUGAGCUUGAGACAUAUGGACUAGCGGAUGUGUCAGAAGAGGAUGAAGUGUUUGACCAACCCGUCCAUUUGCAUGGAGACGAAGGUAGUAGGAAGAAAAGCAUCCAUGUUAUCCAAAGGGAGAUUCAGAUGUCGGCUUCCAAAGGGAUGGUGAUACCUCACGUCAGAUCCUUAGAGAGUAUGAACAGAGACUUCGAGCUGUCCGAUGCAAUGGACUUCUGUAAAAGUGGAAUUGAGGCGAUUAUUGAAGAUGAAGUAACCAAGAGAUUUUCUGCUGCUGAGCUGACGUCAUGGAACCUGCUGACUCGAACUAACGAACAUAAGUUUUUCAGUCUGCGUCUGACAAUACUCUGGUGGACAGGAUUUUUCUUUCGUUACAUGUUCCUGCUUCCAUUCAGAUUUAUCCUAGCUUUUAUUGGCAUCUGUGGGCUGAUAUUUGGUACUGCUGUAGUGGGUUAUAUACCUAAUGGAAAAUUAAAGCAAGCCAUGAAUAACUACGUCAACUUAGUCAGUUUUCGUAUCAUCGCCCGUGCGUUGUCUGCUGUCGUCCGAUUCCACAACCGCGAGCGGAAAGCUCGUGGAGGAGGAAUAUGCGUCGCCAAUCAUACCUCACCAAUAGACGUUGUUAUGUUAGCCACCGAUAAUUGCUAUGCUAUGGUUGGCCAGGCACAAGGUGGCUUCCUGGGCAUCGUAGAGAGAGCACUAAACCGGGCUACAGCCCAUGUAUGGUUUGAGAGGUCAGAGGUCAAGGAUAGGCUGGCUGUUGCCAGAAGGCUGAAGGAGCAUAUUGAAGACCCAGACAAAUUACCAAUACUUAUAUUUCCAGAAGGUACUUGUAUUAACAACACAUCUGUGAUGAUGUUUAAAAAAGGCAGUUUCGAAGUAGGAGGUACAAUAUAUCCAGUUGCCAUAAAGUACGAUUCCAAAUUUGCUGAUGUCUUUUGGAAUUCGAGUAAACAUAGUAUGGUGCAGCAUAUCCUGAUGUUAAUGUCGAGUUGGGCAAUCGUAUGUGAUGUGUGGUACCUACCUCCAGAAGAGAAAAAGGAUGACGAGAAUGCGAUUCAGUUUGCCAACAGAAUCAAGCGACAAAUUGCUCAACAGGGUGGCUUAGUUGACUUGGAAUGGGAUGGGCAGCUGAAACGAAUGUCACCAAAGGAAUCCAUGAAGGAGAACACACGGCAAGAGUAUAGCAAACUGAUAAAAUCCAAUUAGAAAGUGAUAGACAUUCCAUGAUUGUUGUUUAUCAAUGGUCUCGUGGUAGAUUUUUACCACUCUUGUUGUCCUUGUUCAACUGGCUUUAAACGGCAAAGCUUAUCAUGAGCCCUGAAAUAGUACGUGAGUGACUGUAUCCCCAAGUGUAUUCAAUCAGCCAGUGCCUCAUUCUGUGAACACGUGUUCCUGUAUUGUCUCGGCGCUUGUUAUAAUGAUGGUUUGGUGAAGUAGGCCGCUAUUUUUAUAAACGCUAUUGGCUUAGAAUAUUGUGUACAGUUUGUGAAGAAAUGUAAAGGUUUACAUUUUGUAUUUGCCUUGAUUGUUACAUUCAGCUUGUAGACCGUUGUGUAUCAAGAGCCAGUUAAGUUCUUGGAUAUACUCUAGUUUUCACCGAUUUAAGUCCACUUCUGAAUAUGCAAACCAGGCCCCAAAAUCUGCAUUUGGUCGUUCGAUGCCAUUCACCAUGUUCAAUUUGGGUAGACAAUAAUUUGUCCAAUAUUCAUGACGUCAUGUUUCAAGCUGGCCUUUGUAUCAUUGUGAUGAGUGAACCGGUCUUAGAUCGUUGAAUCUAGAGUAGUAGUCUAGAGGGUAGUAGUUUUCUUGGACAUAAAAAUCGCAUUGAGUCUGAAAUGUUAUUUUGUUGAUGCAAGAUCAAUAUUGUCCUCCAUUGAAGAUUGCAUUUAAAAUUUGUGUCGAAAUCCUGUUUACGUUUGAGAAACCAGCAAGACAAAUCACAACUCAGUAUGUUGAGACCUUGCUUCGUCUGAAGAAGAGUUGUUAUUUGUUCACAUUGUGUUAUUUUUAUUUAAUGAUUGCGGUCGGAUGCGAUGAGGUUAUUGUAUUUGCAAAUUCAAAAAUAGAUUUGCUUCUCCAAUGUAAUGUAGUAUCAUAAAUAAGUUGUCUGCGAGGAACUUGAUUUUUUGAAUCAAUAAUGAGUUAAUCAUAUGUUUAUUAGUAGUGAUAAAAUACUAGAUGAUAUGCAUUUGAUUUCUAUAUCACAACCCUUGUACUGUCACAUAACUAUUUAUUGUAACCUUGUAUUCUGUACAAUGCCUUAGGCCCAAAGAACUAAGACGUCAGUUUCUAGUUUUCCCCUCAAUCUGUUCCAACAUGGCCUUUGCUAUGUACCUUUUUCAUUUGACAACCCAUAGAUUUGAAUUACAAAUCCUGGAUAGAACUAUCAUGGUUGUUUCGUUGAAGUGUAUGGUUCGUAUAUAUGUAUAUCAUUACUGGCGUCGUAACCCUAUUGGAUUUUUGCCUUAGGUAUAGACACUCAGGAACAAGGGGCAACAGCGUUUAGUAUCAUCCGACAGACUCAUAUUUCAUGCGUUGUAUGUGUUGUGAAGAGCCAGGAACUUUAGUUCCUUGAAAACCAUGCCGGUCCAUCCAGAAAUACAAUCCUGGGUUCUCCUCGGGAUCGAACCCAGGCCCUAUUGCGUGGUAGCCAGCUCUGUUCACAACUAGGGUAUAAAGUGUGAGUUAACGAAUGUAACCAAAGAAAGAUGUGCUCAAUGAGGUAGUUUGCUGCUUGUAGAUUUUUUUGUUAAUGUGCAUAAUUGCAAACAAUAAAUGGUGUAUAGGCUAAACAUUUAUUUGAUUUACACCAAAUUUGUGUCAUUAUAUUUGUAAAUACAGAAUUUAUAUAGCAUA